CCCAGGGAGAAGCAGCAACCCGCAACCCCAGGGGCAGUCCGCGGGCAGCCCAGACAACAACUAGUCCCAGUCACUGGAAUCCCAGUCCAUCGGAGGCGAUACUCUCGAUCAAACCAUGGUCCAAGCAGCCGGCCCCGCCCCCGUCUACAUCCGGGUAAGACAGAAGACGAACCGCAAGAAGGGCGUCCUACCACCGGCCUGGUCCCCGACCUUCCGGCCGACGCGCACGGGCGCGCCCGUCAGCCGCACGCUGCCGCGGGCCGCGGCGCCGCGGCCCUGCCUGCUGCCCCUCGGCCACAACCAGGAGUACGCCUGGUGCCGCAAUCGAUCAAUGAGACCAGUGACGCCGUCGCCGGGCGAGCACCUCCGCCCGAACGCCCCGGGCACGGAGGGUCCGUGUGCGAUCGAAUUACGGGCCCACGCGCUCCGGAAGCGCAUCGAGAGUCUGGAGAAAGCACCGCGGCGCGACAAGGUGAAGCGCCAGGAGGCCCUGAAGUCGCUGAAACGCUACAAGCGCGAAUAUAACAGAUGCCUCGACCUGCUCGAGGGCUGCGAGGUCGCCGAGGCCGAGUUCCUGCCGGACGAGCCGCGGCCCGGCACGCCCUACACCGUCGGUAGGACGACCCACGUCCGCCCGGGCUGCGCGUCGCCUCUCUCCGAUUCGUCCACAGUAAGCGUGUGGUCGACGUCGCCGCGCAAGCUGUCGUCUCGUGGCACGUUCCCCUUCUCGAACACCGAGGACCGCCGCCUCGCCUCUCCGAAAGUGGUGUCGCCCAAGACGUUCGCCAACCUCUUCGCCCACUAG